AUGGCGCCACCCAAACUCUCCACCGAAGAGGAAGAACGAAGAAGACACCUCGAACAAGAAGUAACCUCAUCUUUGCCUUUUCAUAAGGAACUGGGAGAGGUGAUUAUUAAUGCGAAGGGAAUUUAUAAACAUUAUAAUAUUGCUGGGAGAACGGAAUCGGUUCGGGCUUUGGAAGAAAUUAAUGUGAAUGAUGAAUCAGAGUUUUAUGGGAUUAGGAGAGGUGAAUUUGUGAUGAUCAGAGGACCAUCAGGAGGAGGUAAAACAACCUUGUUGAAUAUAAUUGGAACAAUUGAUAAACCUAGUGGAGGUACUUUGGAAAUAUUGGGAGAACCAAUUACAUCAAAAUCGAGUGAUAAUUAUUUAGCUGAUUUGAGAUUGAGAAGAAUUGGAUUUGUUUUUCAAACAUUCAACUUGAUUGCCACAAUGAGCGCCUUUGAAAAUGUUGAACUGCCCAUGACACUGUUAGGUAAAUUGAACAAGAAGGAGAGAAGAAAGAGAGCUAAAGAAUUAUUGAGAUUGGUUGGUUUGGAAGACAGAAUGGCUCACUUGCCAUCUGAGUUGAGUGGUGGUGAACAACAACGUGUCACUAUUGCUCGUGCUCUUGCCAAUGAACCUGAAAUUUUGUUAUUGGACGAACCAACAGGUGACUUGGAUACAAAGAAUACAGUAGAAAUUAUGGAUUUGUUAUUGAGAAUUAAUUUAAAUAAGAAGACAACCUGUGUCAUGGUUACUCACAAUCCCGAUGUAGAAACCUAUGCUGAUCGUGUUUUAUUUGUGAGUGAUGGAAGAUUUGUUGAGCAAGCUCUCAAUGAAAUCCAAGUUCCUUUAAUUUUCGAAAACUAUUCAAACUUUUUGAAAUCAAAAUAAUUUAUUUGUAAAUAUUGUCAGAUUGUACAUGUAAUAGUUGCCAAAUCAAUUUUUGGCGCCCAAAAUCUACAAAAAUAAAAAACCUCAACUGAUUUUCUC